AGAGUGAUUCUAACAUGCAAUCUUAUGCGUAUAAGAUGUUUACAUAAGCUUCUCAGCAGAGAUCAUCUCACAAUAAUGUCUAGUUGAAAAGCUUCAAAAAUACAUGUUUCGCUUGUUUCACUUGGUCUGAUAUCAAUUUGUUAUGUUGACUUAGACCUUCUUCCUUGCUCGCAAGUGAUUUGUUUCACAUAACAUUCACUUAUCUCUUCACUUAUUUCUUCACUGUUUCCUUCACUCUCACCCUCUUCUUCCUAAAAGUGCCUCUGCUGUUUGAUUUUUUUUUAUCAAAACAUCCCAUCACACAGUAACAAACACCUCAGGAAUCACUCGUGGACAGCAUGGAUUCAAAACAACACCCCCUUUCUGUCAUCUUGUCUCAUGACUUCCAACCCUCGACAAUGCCCUUGUACCUGAGCCUACCCCAAUCAAUGAGAAUACUUCCUCCUCACCACCCCCCACCACCUUCAGUCUAAUAACCCUCCCGCAGAGAUGCCGUCCCCCCAGGGGUCGUCUCUCAAUUUCGGAAAGAAAGUCCCCAAAAUCAAGUGGAACAGGGAAGAGAGAGUGAUCCUGUGUGUUCUCUAUAAGCACUUCCAGAAAGAUCUCACCGCUUUCCAAGAAAUCUUCAGCUGUAUCUUCAAAGGCGAGUUGAUGGAAUGCGGGAUUCAGAGUGCGAGAAAGACUUCUAUCAAUACCCAGUGGGAGCACAUGAAGCGCAGUGGAGACCAUGUGUUUGGGGAGGUUCAUCUGUCUGCGUUUGAUGCGAAUGGUCAAUGGCGUGGUCACCUGAGGAAGAUCAAGCAGACAGCGGCGAGUUUGGGCAUUGAUCUCCGCGAGAAAACCACGGAUGAUAUUAAUCUGUCACAUUUCCGGUACCGACGGGUGAGAGCUUUGGGGAUGACUGAGGGAGAGGGAGAGGCCACAGCCCCUGGGCUCGAUGAGCUUGAACGGUCUCCGGAAACAAGUCCAGCCAGAGCAACAAGCCCCGAUGUACAGAUGCAGACCCCCCCUGUGUCUCCGCCAUCACUGAAAGAAAACACGAGCCUUGUCAAUAGUUGCGGGAAACUGUGUUACUGGUGCAUGUUGGAGAAUCCGACUCUCGAAAACCAGGAAACUCAGGACGCAGCAAGAGCGGAGGGGCUACCGCCAGUUCUGUACCGGUGGUCCAACGUCGACUCUCAAGGCGUGAACUCCAAGAAGCUAUUCCUCGCGGGCCUAUUCGCAGAUGGUGUGGACUAUUUCUCCCCCGAGCAGCUCGAACAGGGCGAGUUUGAUAACUUUGUCAAAACACAUGUUAGCAUUGAGAAGUCCCCGACGCCUUUCAUCUCAACUUUCACCUCAAUGCUUGCCCCGCUCCACCGGGCAUUGAGGAACCAAGAAGGUGCGAUGAUUUCAAUCAUCGACACCACGAAACUGCAAUCUCCUGUGUUCUCUGCGCGUGACCUCGUCAGGAGACUGAAGAUCAACAUCAGGGGAUAUCACGGAGGCGGGGAGUAUCUCAUUUGGGCCAAAGUCCCCAGCGCCGCCAUUGUCUGCUCGUACAAAGCAAGUACCUUACUGAAGAUCGCGAAUGAGGUUGCGGAUAUCGGGAGCAUCCUGCAACUUGAGACGAUCUCUUCGUUUAGACUUGCAAGACCGGCGUUGCACCACGCUCUUAGAAACGGGCCAGGAGGAAGGGAUCUUGAGUCCGGCAUGACCAUUGGAAAACUCUUAUCAAUGAUUGGGGUUUCUCGUGAACACUGCAAGUUUGUGAGCGAGGGCCUGACGUAUUCAUGGAGGUUUGCGAGAGACGGGUCCUUGGAGGAGUUUCAUGCCGGAGUUGAAGAGGGCUACAAUGCCCAUUCUUACAAUGCCGAUCCUGUUGUUCAGAGCUCUUUACCAAUGACGCCUGUUCCUGCCGCUACGGCCAACGAUGACGAGGAUUCAGUGGAGAACGAAGACGCCAGUGUCAAUGACGCCCCUUGCCUCCCCCGAUCCGCUACUCCGUACCCCUUGCCCGACACUGCCGCAGCAGCAGCAGCAGCUACUCAAGACGAAGUGUCGUCGGAGGAUGAGUCUCUCGGAGACGAGUUCAGCCGCAUCUUCGACACACCCUGUCCUGUACCCUCUAGAACGGACCAUACCACCACAGUCGAGUUGUUCGACGCCGACACCCAGCUCUGGGUCACAGGACAGCAGCACCCAGAAGAUCAUGCGCCGUCCCCAUCCGGAUCAAACACGAUAGACACCUCUGACGAGGACGACACGAGGCAACUCCCCAGUCCUGGAAACCCUUUCCGUCCCGGCUUACUCCAGCACUACAACCAAGAUCCUCCUGUGGUCGGGACCAUUAUUGAGGGUCAUACCGUUGGAGGGGGUCACGAUGAACAUUCAACUUCAGCGUAUGGCGAACAGUGGCGUGUAAGUGAGCCUGAACCGGCCCCGGCCCCGGAACCUGCAGACCAGGACCCGUUUGCUAUGCGGAGAGCACGCAUAAUGCAGAUCAUCAACUGAUAUGAGACUGUCGAUUGGGAGUUGAUCGGAUGAUCUAUUGUAUGAGCGAGGGUCUCUUGCGCCUGGGGCUAUUCUUUCGGUUGGCUGGAAUAGACGUGGUGUUCCGGAACCGCAGGUGGCAGAGGCACAGGGUGAUGGAUUGGCACGGGACAUGGUUGACAUCAGAGUUGCAUGGGCGGUGUCUACUGGAAGUAAAGCAUAGCUACCACAAAUGGAGAAGUCCAG